UUUCCCUCACUUGUUUAUUCAACCUUUAGCUUCCCCCCAAAUAUAGCACACCUUCAGUUAAACCCAGAAAUAAAAUUACUUUUUUGUUUUUUUUAAAGUAAAAAGAUAUUUUCGUAUAUUAUUUUUAUAUUAGAUGACUCAUUAUUGAUUGGAGUUGUGUCAUCACUGAGUCGUCAACUUUAUCAAUUUUCUCUUUCUUUUGCUCCUCUCAUUUCUUUCUAUCUUUGCAGCUUCAAUCUUUUCUUACAACUUUUGCAUAAAUGGCCAUAUUCUAACGCAUAUACUAAAGCUUUGAGACAGAAAGAGAAAGGUGCUUUUUUUUUUUUUAAUUUAUUUUUAUUUUAUAUUAGUUUGAUUCCAAAGGUAUUGAAGAAUCAUAUAAAUGGCCAUGAUUUCUCGUUUGCUUCGAUCCACGGUUAAAGCAGUUAUCACCGCCCAGGGUAGUUUCCAUGCAAAACAUAUUCCAGCUGUCAGCAGUUUACAGGAGCAUAUAGUUCGGAAUUCAACACAGGCUAGAUAUAAUAGUACACAGGCAUCUUUGCAAAAUAAUAUUCCAUCAACUGAUAAUAGAGGGUUUAAGGGUCAUGAUAUGUUGGCACCCUUCACUGCUGGGUGGCAAAGUACUGAUGUGGAUCCUUUGAUUAUUGAGAAGUCUGAGGGAUCCUAUGUCUAUGACAUAAAAGGGAGAAAGUAUCUUGAUACUCUAGCUGGUUUGUGGUGCACAGCAUUAGGGGGAAACGAGCCUCGCCUUGUUGAUGCUGCCACUAAGCAAUUGAACACAUUGCCCUUUUACCAUUCAUUUUGGAACCGUACUACAAAACCUUCUUUGGAUCUUGCGAAGGAGCUUCUGGAUAUGUUUACUGCAAAUAAAAUGGCGAAAGCAUUUUUUACAAAUAGCGGAUCAGAAGCCAAUGAUACCCAGGUGAAGCUGGUAUGGUAUUACAACAAUGCUCUUGGAAGGCCAAACAAAAAGAAAUUUAUUGCUCGAGCAAAAGCAUAUCACGGUUCAACUCUCAUUUCUGCCAGUCUCACUGGUCUUCCUGCACUGCAUCAAAAAUUUGAUCUUCCUGCUCCAUUUGUACUGCACACUGACUGCCCUCAUUAUUGGCGCUAUCAUCUGCCAGGUGAGACGGAGGAGGAGUUCUCAACCAGGUUGGCUAAAAAUCUGGAAGAUCUUAUCCUCAAAGAGGGGCCUGAAACAAUAGCUGCUUUCAUUGCUGAACCAGUCAUGGGGGCAGGAGGUGUCAUACCUCCUCCAGCAACUUAUUUUGACAAGAUCCAAGCUGUAGUGAAGAAAUAUGACCUUCUUUUCAUAGCGGAUGAGGUCAUCUGUGCCUUUGGGAGGCUUGGAACAAUGUUUGGCUGUGACAAGUAUAACAUCAAACCCGAUCUUGUCUCCCUAGCCAAGGCUCUUUCUUCUGCAUAUAUGCCAAUUGGAGCUGUCCUUGUAAGCCCUGAAGUUUCUGAUGUAAUAUAUUCUCAAAGCAAUAAACUUGGUUCCUUUUCUCAUGGAUUCACUUAUUCUGGGCAUCCUGUGUCGUGCGCGGUGGCAUUGGAAGCUCUUAAGAUCUACAAGGAACGAAAUAUGGUUGAGAAAGUAAAUACAAUAUCCCCAAAGUUCCAAGAAGGUCUGAAGGCGUUUUCUGACAGUCCCAUAGUCGGAGAGAUUAGGGGAACUGGUUUGAUCCUUGCAACGGAGUUUGCCAAUAACAAAUCUCCCAAUGAUCCUUUCCCUCCUGAAUGGGGUAUUGGUACAUAUUUUGGAGCACAGUGUGAGAAGAAUGGUAUGUUGGUACGUGUUGCUGGUGAUAUCAUAAUGAUGUCUCCUCCAUUUAUAGUGACUCCGGAAGAAGUUGAUGAGUUGAUUAGCAUCUAUGGGAAAGCAUUAAAGGAAACUGAAAAGAGGGUGGAAGAACUCAAGUCUCAGAAGUAAUAGUUGACAGAAAAAGCUUGAUGAUGGCGAAAAAAACAGAUAUACAAGCACAAUUAAAACCAAAAUGUCUUGGCUAUACUGUAAAAUGUCCAGAAUGAAUGAAGUAAGAAAUAUAAUUUUAAGUCCAAGUUGCUCCUCUUCUCUUUCUUUGGAUUGUAAUUUUGUUUGCAGUAAAAUUCCAGCUUUUGAUCCAUAAAUGAAGAUGGCUAUCCCUUUCACCAGUUGUCAUUCAAGAUACUGUAUUACAAAACUUUCCCAAGGUAGUUUGUAUCAAAUGCGGCCAAGUAUUAUCGUAAUUUUAAUA